AUGGAAAGAUCCGUAUCAACAAUUGAAAAAUAUCUUUCAGGUUUAAAAUCGGAUAUUGAAUUAAUAUUGGUGAAUUUAGAUGACAAUAAAGCAAACGAAAUAAUCAAAAAAAAUUCAACUUCUACUAUGUACAGAGGUAAUGGUUUGCAAGUAUUUUUUAAAUGUAGAUGUCUUUCACAAUUUUGUAUUGAAAAAGUAUUUGAAUAA